AUGAGGCAGGGUCGUGCCAGGCCCCCACCUGCCGAUGUCUUGCCCAUGUUGCCGUUCGCGGAGCCCAGUGAAAGAGACGAGGGCGAGGCAGACUCCUUACUGCCUCUGGCCCAACAUCUCAAGGCACAACCCAGGAGGAAGGGAAUGGCCCUUCAGGAAGUCCAACGCUUGCCGGCGGCGAAAGCCUGGCCAGCGGCGAAGGGUUUCACGGAUACCAACACCGAGAUCAGCAUCGCGACCUCGAUCAAAGAAGUGGCAGUUGCGGCAGCCGCGCAGGCAAACCAAUACUACGCUGUGAAAGCGACCGUUGCCAAGCCAGAAGACAGAGGCUGCGACAUUGUUGCGCUUCUGGACGAUGGUGCGAUGGGCUCAGUAAUGAGCCUGAGCUGGUACAGCCAGCAUGAACAGGUGUUGGGUCCACUGGAGAAGACCUGGCGGGUUGUCACCAUUGCAGACGGCAAGCAACAGGAUGUCGCAGGUAUGUUGGAGUUGCUGGUCCGUGUUGGUCACACUACAGUGCUCCAGGAGGUUUAUGUGAUAGACGCGUCAAGAGAAUACAACUUGCUGCUAGGGAAACCUUGGCACUUUGCAGUUGACGCCAUCCACUUCCAUUUGGGAGACUGGCUCUUUGCAUCGGGUGAAGGUGGGUUUGGAUACAUACCAAACCACAGGAACCACACGCAAGCACCGAGCUUGUGGGGACCUGAAGAGGCCUUAGCAGCGGUCCAAGACAUUGCCGGAGACACCCUGCUACCCAGCUCAGUCUUUAUCCAAUCCUUGGACCUCGCAGAGGAGCAACUAGACUCAUAUGGGGAGGCAACAUUGUGGGAAUUCUCUGAGCCCAUAAGGUGUUUCCAAACCAAAAUCAUGGACGCUUCACGCAAGGUAGACCCCAACAAACCCGUUGACAAGGAGUGGCACAACACAUACCAGCCUUUCCGCAUUGGACCACCCAGAGAAAGGGACCCAAGGCGGGGAGAAACUGUCCUCAAGCAUGUUCAGAUAGGAGUAUGGGAGGACGACAAGUGCCUCAACCUAUCCCCACAGCAAUUGGAGACACUCCAAACCAUUGUGCUGGAGAAUAAAGAUGUCUUUGGCCUUGACGCCUCUGACACGUGGCAGAAUCAAGUCUGCCGCCACUCCAUCAAACUCAAACCGGACGCAAAACCCUCUUGCCCCCAUUGCUCUACCAACCGCAUUGCACCGGGGGACAGAGAGUGGGUGCACAAGGAGCUAGACAGGAUGCUAGCAGCCGGGUUUGUAAAAAAGGUCGACUCCUCCAACGUGACGUGGGUCACCGACUGGAAAGUGGUACCUAAAGGAAAGGGCCCACCGCCAGCCUCCAUCGAGGAAUCACGGCGCCGUGCUAAUGACGCCCUCAAGGAAGCUGGCCUACCGUUUGACAAGGAGCUACCUCCUGCACCGCCAUUCAAGGAAGUCUUCCACAAGCAGAAGCGUUGGCUUGUUUUCACCUUCACCGCGCUCAACAAAGCAAUGGAAGACACCUCGUUCCCAACAGGAACGCUAGAUGAACGGCUCCAACGGCUGGCAGGUAUGGAUGUAUACUCCCUAUUCGACGGUAUGUCUGGAUAUUUUGCAAUCCUUAACGAUGAGGCCACAACCAACCUACUAGUCUUCGAAGUAGAGGGUCGUGGACACUUUGCCUGGCAGGUGAUGCCGUUUGGCACCAAACUGGCACCAGGCAGGUAUCAGGAUUUCGUCUCACGGAUUUUCCCAGUCUCUGAAUUUCCUGAGACGGUGGUAUGGAUGGACAACAUUGCCGCCGCCCACGAUGGCAACAACUGGUUUGCCAACCAUUGCACAUUCCUCCACCGCUUUUUCCGCCGCUGUCGAUUGGUGGGAUUUGCGUUGGCAGCACAGAAAUGUCAAAUUGGCGUCAGCAACGUCAUUUGGUGUGGAAACAAGGUUUCCAAACUGGGAAUAGAGUCAGACCCAGCAAAGGUGGACACCAUCGUGAGAUGGCCCACACCAACAACACCAAUGGAUGUGCCACGUUUCACUGCUAUGGCUUCCUUUCUGCGGACAAGGUUGCCGGCUCUCUCAAACUUGGUAAGCCCGUUGUUAGAGUGUAUCCGCGGAGCGCAAAUCAGUCCCAAGGACAAAGUGCCUCGCACGCUCAACGCAAGGAAUGAGCUUGCUCGCCCUGCCAACAAACGCGGUGCAUGGAGAAGGGCUCUAGAAGCCUCACCUCUGCUGUGGGAGAAACCCCAGCAGCAGGCCUUUGCGUUGGUGAAAGCAGCAAUAGCAAAUGCUGUCGCCAAUGCAAAACCCAACCCAAAGCUUCCCUGGAUCAUAGAAACCGACGGGAGCCCCUCGGGCCUGGGUGCAGGCCUAUUCCAGCGCCAAGUCAUCGAUGGUACGACAAAGACGGUCCUCAUCUCUCUGGCCUCGAGAAAUUGCACACCUUUGGAGUCAAAGAGCUCCCAAUUUCUGCUCGAGCUAAUGGCCAUUUGCUUUGCAUUGGACAAGUUUGACUUGUACAUCAAGUACAGACCCAGCAUCACAUUUGUCACGGAUUGUCUUGCACUCCGCAACAUGUUGCAGAGCGAUACCCUUUUGUCGACCCACCUACGAUGGCGUGAGAGUCUCUUGGGGUACCCAAUCUUGCGCUUUGUGCACAGACCGGGACUCGACAACACCUUGUGCGAUGCUCUAGCCCAUCGCCCUGGUGUUCAGCAAAUCCCUCUCGAAGCAUCUUCGCUUUCCAGGGAGUAUGCAAAUUUUGACGUCGCGGUAGAGGAUGCGCUCUGGGGGGAGACGCCUCGAAACAACGGGCAGGAAGGUUUCAAGGCUGCAAGUGGUGCUGGUGAGGGCCCUAGGGGGAGAACACUGGGCGCUGGCACGCCUACGGACACUCCCGACAGCGUGCCUAGAAAGGGGCUGGCGGUGAUUCUGUUUGAUAAGACCCCAACUGGUCUGAACUUCAUCCAUGUGGAUCACUCUGUGGCAAAUCUGCUGGAGCGUUUCAAAGGAGACGAGUUAGAAGACAUGGUUUGGUUCCUUGCAACACUGCACCUGCUGGAGAGGGCAGACACGUCCCGACGCGCAGUGAUUUGCAGGUUGGUGAGACGCAUGUUCCUCAGAGAUGGGGAGAUGUGGAGACUCAGCGGGAAAGAGGAAACACCACUGAGGUGUGUUCCUAGGUUGGAAGGGAAGGUGCUCGCGGCCGAUUGCCAUAGCAAAAGCCAUCUCGGAAGAGAUGUUGUUGCUGUCGCUCUAAGAAGAAGGCAAGUCUGGUGGCCGCAAGUCCUGGAGGAUGCAAGAGAUGCGGUGGCAGAGUGUGAUACCUGCGCAAAAUUUGGACCAGCGCAAUGAGCGGCCCAACACAGCCCAAUCACGCACAUGCAACCGCUUGACUGCAUUGCCCUGGACUUCUGUGACCUUCCCCAUAGCGAGGUGAGCAUUGGGCAGGUGCUAGUGGCAGUUGACUACUUCUCGCGCUUUGUCUGGGUGUGGCCUUGCUGCCAAGCAACAGGCACAAGGGUCGUAGCGGCACUCAGAGAUCUGGCCUCCAGGUGGCGCGUGCCACGACGAAUAGUCACCAACAAUGGCUCACACUUUGACAAUGGAGCUGUGGAGCAAGCAUGCAACAAGAUGAAUAUCAGGCACAGCAAGACUCCAGCGUACGCCCUGUGGGUAAACGGUCUGGUUGAGAGAAACAACGGAAUUCUCAUCACAGCGUUGAAAAAGCGUUGCUCGGAGUACAGCAUCCAUGUCCAUAAGUGGCCAAGCGUCCUGGCGGACGCCAUCUCCAUCAUCAACUCGAGGCCUCUCCCUUCGUUAGGUUACACCCCAGCAGAGCUGAUGUUUGGAGUGGUUGCCACAGUAGAGCAAGACGAGACCAGUCCGGAGAAAAGUCCCAGCAAGGAUGACAUUCUGGUCCGCUUUGCCUUAAUAGAUGGCAUGAGGGACUCGGCAACUAUGCGACACCUCCUGGUCCAGCACCGCGCUUGCAAGAAGGGGCCACCGUCCGUUGGACCAUUCUUUGAUGUCGGCACACUGGUGAUGGCAAAACUACCACCUUUGCACAACAAAUUAGCGGAGCAGUGGGCAGGACCCUUCAAAGUGGUGGAAAGCAAUGAGUUUGGCCGCUCCGCAAAGCUCGAGUCACUGGGGGGAGCGGGAGUCCGGGAAAGAUUUCAUUUCCGACGACUGAAGAAAUACCAAGUGGCAGAGGACGCAAACGCAGCUUUGAGGCUAGCAGCUGGCAACCCGACAGAAGAGCAUGAGGCCGAGCAAGAAGACUGA